AUGGGCGGUUUCACUAUUUACGGUUCUACACGCUUUUCUUCAGCCGAAGAAUCGGAAGAGUCCAGAAUGCUGCUUCUUGAGCUUGGUGAUGAUGUUUUGCGUUUAAUCGUGUCGAAUCUUGAGUCAUGGCAUGGCCAAAUGGCAGAUGCUAUCAAGUUCGCACUCACUUGCCGCUACGCCUAUUCAAUUGCUAGCAGUGUCCUCCCCAGAUACAUGUCGAUUACGAUUCCAUCAAAAAGAUACACCUUGCUCCAAAGAAGCAUACGCGAGAACCCCAGUUACCUUCGUAGCGUAUAUUACCUCACUAUCUCAUUUGGACCGACCCUUACGGACGACGAAGAACUACGAGCAAUCCUAGACUUGCUACCUGGCUUGAAAACCCUCGAAAUUGAGUACGUCGGCUCAACUCGACUCAUACCGGUUGUGUUGUCUCUGCCUGAAGCCCCCUUCACUAGAUCAUUACAGGCUUUAAACAUUACAGACAGCAAACUGACCACUUCGGAACUUCUGAGCUUGCUGUAUACAUUUCCAAGGCUACAGUCGUUGUCGCUCGAGUAUUUCACAGACCCUUUUGAUUCAGUCAUGGGGAACGAACCACACAGGCAAUCAUCAAUACAGAGUCUAGAUCUUUGCGCCAUACAGAUUGGAGUUCACCUGCUCACAAACAUACUUCAAAGAUGCCAAAAGCUUCGCACUCUGUCCUGUAAAGUGCCUUUGGUAGCUCCGCAAAGAAUGCGCCAUAGGGAAACAACAAUGCAACUACCUCUUUCUCCGAAAAAUAUCAUGCCAGCCUUUCUAAACGUCGCCAAUACAUUGAAUGAACUAGAUCUCAGCACACAAACCCAACGAUGGCCGGGACACGAUGGAUCAAGAAUGGAUUUCAGCAAGUUCCUGGUAUUGAAACGGCUUACAGCUUCUGCAUUAUGUUUUCUCAGCCCACUUUCUCUAGGCGUUAGUCGUGAUGGACUCUACCGACUGCUACCUCGCCGUCUACAGUACUUCCAGCUCAAUUUCUGCAUCGACAUUGGAAUCUUCUAUUUCUCUACUCAAUCUAGUCUGGAUGAAGUGGGAAGAGACAGGGUUCUUACUGAAGAGAUUGAUGAGUCGGAGUAUCGCUGGAUAGUCGAACUAGCCACGCAUAUGUCUUCUUUAGAGGAAGUCUGGCUUUAUGAAAGAAAACAUUCGGCCCACUCAGCUUUUGUCAUUGAAGAGUGGGAUGCUCCACUUUCGGUUGAAGAUGCUUUUGAGGAAGCGGAGAUUGAUUUGAUGGUGCUUCUCAGAGCCCUAAAACUACAAAAGAGGGUAUAA